UGGCCCUUCUACACUAGUGAUUUGUACAAUUGGAAAACCCAGACUCCCUCCUUCUCUGAAAAACCGCAGGGUCUUAUUGAUCUUUUAGAGUCUAUCCUUUUUACUCACAAUCCCACUUGGGAUGAUUGUCAGCAACUGUUACAGGUGCUUUUCACUACAGAGGAGCGCGAGUGGGUCCUGUCAGAAGCUCGAAAAAAUGUGCCAGGUGUGGAUGAGAGGCCCACAAUACAGCCUAACCUCAUUGAGGAGGGGUUCCCCUUGGUGCGACCCAACUGGGACUUCGAACGUGCUGAAGGUAGGGAGCGUCUCCGAGUGUACCGCCAGACUCUUAUGGCCGGCCUUAGAGCGGCUGCCAGGAAGCCAACUAAUUUGGCCAGAAUAAAUUCAGUGAGGCAGGAGCCAAAUGAGAGCCCAACAGCCUUCCUUGAAAGGAUAAUGGAAGCUUUUAGACAGUAUACCUCUAUGAACCCACAGGCAGAUGAGUCACGAGCGUCAGUUAUGUUAGCAUUUGUAAAUCAAGCAGCCCCCGAUAUUAGAAGAAAGUUACAAAAAAUAGAGAGGUUAAGUGAACAAUCCUUGCAAGAUCUAGUGAGGGCAGCUGAGAGAGUUUUUAAUCAUAGAGAGACCCCAGAAGAG